GAACGAGCAGAACACCCAAAUUGGGCUUACGAUGCGUGCCACCCCUUUUUUGCAUCAACUUUGACAAGAGCGUAGCAUACAAUCGUGAACGUACCCCAAUGUGUUUUUGGAUUGCGUAAAACUUCAAAAGCAUGUGAAAAUCGCAAACAUUAAACAUCGAUUCGCAUAUCGCACAAAAUUUAUCUGUUAAAAUAUCAGUCUAAAAUUUAACUAAAAAGAGCGGUGAUAACUUAGGCAUCGGAAUAUGUCGACGUUACUUCCGAAACCACCGAAUCCAGAUGACAAACCGAAACCGGAUGCCACAAAAUCGACCGGAAUCUUCUUCCCAAACGCCGAUUUGGAUGAGAUUGCAAAGCAUUUCAUAGGAAACAAUACUAGGUUCCGCGAGAACAUCAUCAUCCCGAAGAUGUACGGCGCUGUACAGAUCAAAACCAACGAGGAAAAGCUGGUCGAAGCGGCAUUCGAGAGCUGUGCGUUCAAAUCACUGAUGAGCUGCGUGCUGGGGUAUGGUUUGGGUGCUGCAAUCGGUCUGUUCAGCUCCUCGGUCAAUCCCAACAUUGCCGACCCGUUGGCCGGCGAGAAGCAGCAGACGGCCCGCGAAAUUUUCCGGGAGAUGCGGCAGGCCACGCACUCGUACGGUAAAAACUUUGCGGUCAUCGGUGCCGUUUUCGCUGCGGUGGAGUGUGUCAUAGAAUCGAAAAGAGGAGUUUCUGAUUGGAAGAAUGGCACAUACGCUGGAGCCGUGACUGGCGGGUUGAUUGGUUUGAGAGCUGGCGUCAAAGCGGGAAUUUUCGGAGCAGCUGGUUUCGCCGCAUUUUCCACGGUUAUUGAUUACUACAUGAGGCAUCGAUAGGUUUUCCAAUAGACUAGGUUAUUAGCAUUGUAGCAUUGCAGAUGAAUAUCAUGUUGUAAUUUAAAGUUAUAAAUCGACAUAAAUCUUUGGAUUCAUCAAUAUCAA